CCCUCACAUUGUUUUCCCUUCUCUCACCCCAACACUUCAUUUCGGUUCCCCCAAAUCGACUUCUGCACGCGCAGGACACAGCUCAGGGCCUCAGCUAGGGUUCCGGAGGCGCGCCGCCGCCGCCGUCUCCGGCCUCGCUCCCGGACCAAAGCUGAUCCCGGCGACUCACUACCACCACUUUCUCCACCGUAUUUGGGGGAAAUCGCCCUGCUCCACGCCUCUACUUACUCCUUCCCGCACCAGAAAGGAGAACACAGCUGCCGGACGGGACUCCCGGGAGGAAGGCAGGGAGGCGACACAGAGACUCCACGGCGGCGCGCAGGUCGUCUGUUCUGGCAGACUGAAGUGUUGCAGAUUCAAGGAUAGGCAACAGAUGGACCGACAAGUCAGGGACGAUCAUGAAGGGGUGAAUGUUGUUGGGUUUGAAGUCCCAGCAUCACCAGAUUCAAGCUACAGUAACCCUAUUCCUGGAAAUGAAGAUGAAGCUCGGGAACCCCCAUUGGUUCCUCCUCAUUUGCAGCACACAUUACUGAGCUUCCCGCCGAGCCACGACGACUCCAGCAGCCUCCCUCUGCCCCAACCUGUGGUACUCAACCACCUCUACAUAGAAAAGGAGAACUCGAGGUCUGUCGUUGCCCUGGGGAUCACGCACCGGUUUAAGGCGAAGUUUGUCACGGUUGUGCUUUACAAGCCAGUACAGAGGCGGUAGGGUGGUGAACGUUUGUGUACACCGUGUUCUCCUCCUCCCAUUGGGUUGUGGCGACCUGCCAAACGGAUAGAACCCCACUGUUGUAGUCCUGCAGAAACAGAAAGAAAGAGAUACCUCGACUGUCCAUUCUCAAAUGAUUUGGUCAUGUACUUAAUUGACUGCUGCUGGUCGCGAUGAUGAUGAUGGUCUAGUGGAAUGAUGUUUGCCA